AUGUGUGGUUUCAUUGCUGUGUACACUCACACCGCGGCUGCCGAUUCGUCUUCGGGAGGGCCCGAGUCGCCAGCAGCCGGGGAGAGCAACACCGGGUCUGCUCUUCGCAGGCAGCUUGAAAGGUCUCUCGAGCUGAUCAAGCAUCGAGGACCGGACGGCUGUGAUGUGUGGGUGGACGAUGAGGCCACGGUUGGUCUCGGACAUUGCCGACUCGCCAUCAACGACACGUCCCUGCCGGGAUCCCAGCCGCUGCACAGCGCAGAUGACCAGAUCCACGCGGUCGUCAUCGGAGAGAUCUACGAGUACGAGGAGCUGCGACGGUACUACGAGGGCGGCGGGUACACAUUUCGCGGGCACAGCGACAGCGAGCUUGUCCUGGCCCUCUACAUCAUGCACGGCGCGCCCGGCCUCUUUCGGCAUCUCCGCGGUGAGUUCUCCUUCGUGAUCGUAGACGAGAGAGCGGACGCCAGGAAGGUCAUAGCCGCAAGAGACAGGUUCGGCAUCAAACCGCUGUUCUGGACGGUGGAUCAGGGCAGAGUCUUGUUCGCAGCCGAGGCGAAGGCGUUCCUCGGCCUGGGCUGGACCCCGGCGACCAUGUUUCAGGGCGUCAGGAAGGUCGCACCAGGCUACUGGAUGGAGAUCGGGCCAGAAUCGGCACUGUCCGAGUUAGGCACUCGGCCGUACUCGGAUCAGCAGUAUGCCACGAACGCUGCGAGAGACGAUGGCGAGAAGCACGACGAGGACUCUGUCGCCAGGAUGGUCCAGUCGGUCCGCGAAAAGCUGGUGGACGCCGUGCGCGUGCGCCUUCGAGCAGACGUCCCGAUGGGCCUCUACCUCUCUGGUGGCAUCGAUUCCUCCGCCGUCGCCGGCAUCGUGGCGCAUCUUGUGAGUCGGGAGGGCAGCACGUUGGGCAGCUGCCGCGCUGAUGCUGCCGGUCGUCCGCCCCGGAUCAAGUGCUUCACUGUUGGCUAUAUCGAUGCCACGUAUGAUGAAUCAGAUAUUGCCGCGAGCAUACAGAAGCUCGCCGACAACCUCGAGGACUCUAUAUACCACACCAAGUAUCACAUCUUUGACCUGAACACCACGGCCAAGUCUAUGCUGUCGAGUCUGCCGCGGGAGCACGGGAUCCGGUCCGUGCUGUCCGGAGAAGGAUCGGGUGAGCAUUUUGCGGGGUACUACUACUUUACCGCAGAUUUCAUUCAAGCCGUAAGGUCUGGCGAUGAGCGCAUAGGAUACAGGAUCGGACCUAAAGAGUGGCAUGACACUGCCCGUGGUGCUCUCCUUGUUCCUGCAGGGCAGGAUCUUUGCCAACUAGGUGCUCGCCGCGCGGAGACCGUCACGAAGACACUGCUGCCGAACACUAUCCUGACUGGUGUCGGGGAUCGGUUCGAGAUGCGGAACAGCAUAGAGGGCUGGCCGCCUUUUCUCGACCACCACCUCGCAGAGCACGUCAAUGCGUUGCCGCCCAGCGUCAAGAUGCGGUACUCGCCGGAUGAGAGCCAGGGCCGUGCGCAGGGCAGCGCGGACGACUACUGGUGGAAGGGCCCGGGGUCUGGUCUGCGAUCCGUCACCGAAAAAUGGAUACUGCGGGAGGCGGUGCGGCCCUUUGUGGCUUGUCUGUUGGUCGUUUUUGACCGUAGUCUAUACUGCUAG